AUGCAGCUUCUCUUCCUCUCGACGCUCCUCGCCGCCCUCGCGAUGCCGACCGCCGCGCUGGACGCCGGCGAGUACAACCAGUGCGGCGGCAAAAGCUGGACGCCCGCCAACUGUACAGCCGGUUUUGGCUGCGCUUACGCCACCGAGUACUACUCGCAGUGCCUGCCCUUGCCCGUCGAAACAGACAAGUACGUCCCUCGCUACAGCCAGUGCGGCGGCGAAGGCUGGACGGGCCUCACCACGUGCACCGCCGGCAGCUACUGCCAGGCAAGCGACAAGCACUACUCGCAGUGCCGCCCGAUCUCUGAAAUGCCCUCUCGCCCCAUCGACGGCUAG